GUUCAUUGUAAACGAUCUAAUCUUCGAGAAGGACCACCAAUUAGUUCGUUGGACUUCAAAGUAGAUAAGGAAGAACCAUCGGAAAUUGCCGAUUUGAUGCCACCAUCAUGUCAAAUGGUAUCUGACAAAGAUAGUACCAUACUUCGUCCGAUCCCCACUGUGAAUCCUGUUUUCCCUCCCGAUUCGAAAUACACCAAAUCCAACCUUGUAUAUAAAGUACUGCACAAUUAUAGGAAAAUGUAUGCGGAUCGUUGGGCCAUGGAGCUUACGGUGCCUGGACGAGAAGGAGCGCCUACAUAUAAUGCCGCAGGGAAGAUUAUUACCCUCACAAAUCUCACUCGUCUGUCGGACAUAAUGCGAAGACAAAUGCCGUACAUCUCACAGUUCAUACUCGAUACGUUCGAAGACUUUGCCUCGUUCGAUUCCAGAGAACAGCAAUUCAUACUGAACGUAUUCAUGUCACGUUUCUGGGAAUUGGAAGGAUCCUAUUGGACGUAUCGAAACUUACCAGCUAAUCAGAUAGAAAGACCUCGAAAUACCCGAAACGUGUGA